UUUUCACUUUAUUUUGAUAAUGUUUAAAAUAUUGCGACAUACAUAUAUUGUCAUUAUUUCACCAUUUUAACAUGUUUUUGAAGUCUCAAAUUUAAAAGCUGGAUAAGGUUGUAAAAGCUAACAAUAUAGACGCAGGUUUCAUGAUUUUCCGUACUAUCAGCUGUCCAUCUUUAAUUCAUAACAGUACAACUUAAAUUUUCAGCAGCAAUCCGAUAAACAAUUCCCAAAAGAACCAAAUUGCAGCAAUCCGAUCAAACUACUCUCAAAAGACCCAAAUUGAACAUGGCCCUCUGCAAUUCCAGAGAACAAUGGAAUGAGGAUGAAGCUCAUAUAUGCAUCGAUGCUUUAGUUAACGAACACCGCCCAUCCAACAUGCUAAGAAAUCUACCUGAAGCGUUGCGGUUGCUCUGCAAAACUGCCGGCAGUAGAUUUCGCUACCUUAACUCUGCCCUCCCAUCACACAAACUUCUCGUGCCUCUCUCAUCUUCCCUCCCUCCUCCGUCACGAUGUCCGUUAUUUCGCCCCCUCAAUCGUACUUGCUCCAUCUCCCACCUCUCCCUCCUGCUCGACGACAACAUCGCCCUUAUCUAAUGAGUGAGAAAAUUUUGCGGGGCGAUGACUGAUUGUCCGCAGAGUCAGAGAGUGUCGAUGUAGUGUCCGCUACUGGUGAUCCUGAGCAUCGACGGUGGGUGCCGAUCUGUUAGGGCGGGUCACUGAAUGCCACACUCAAGGACUUCAUCCUCACUCGUCUGAUUGGAGCGGGGAUAUUUUUGUCCUUUCAAUCACAAAUUUCAAUCACAAAUUAGUACUACCUCUUUCCCUUUAAACUUUGCCAAAGUUAACUGGCACGGAGAAUAAUAAAAUAAAAAUUGUGUGGUUGAGGUUUGUGCAGAGAAGAGAGAAAUAACAGAAACCACAAAAUAAUUGAUUAAAAGGAAAAGUGACAAAGUUUUUGGGACGUCCUUUUGGAAAGAUGACAAAGUUUGAAGGGACGAAAGGAGUAUUAUUUAAGAGUUUAAAAGUUGUAGGUCCUAUUUAGAUACCAUCAGUAUGUUUUAGUCCUAUACAUGUCUUUUUCCCUUUAUUUAAUUAGGGUGGAGAAGCCCGGUCCUGCGGUAGUGGUCUGGCCGAGGGGUGUGUUGGAAGCAUCGCCGGCCGCCGACUGGGGGUGUUACCUCCACUUUUCAAUUGGAUUAGGAUCCUUCCUGACCGGGAUGAAGCACCUGUAGUGGGUCUUCUAUUUUUUACAAAGGGCGGUGUUCCCUUUGAUUGAGACAUACAUCAUUGUUUGAACUUUGACCGAGAUGAAUCCCCUGUAAGUUAUGGUUUUGGCCGAGCCACCACUCUUGCCUUUAUGGUCGAAAUGAAGUCUGACUGAGAAUCCAGGUUCCUCCGGCUGGGCAGAGGUGGCAUUUAUCUGCGGUGUUCUUAAUGAGGUGUUCUUAAGAUGCUUGGAUGGUGGGCUAUCUUUACCCCCCAAUUGGGCUGAGGUGCUCGGAUGAGGGGUGACGACGCUCCUAAUUUUACCGGAGGUGUAGCGGUUAGGAGGAUCACACUUCAUGUGUUCUAGCUCUCAAUCAAGGGAAAAUGGCCAAAAUGGACAAAGUUUUUAAUGAAGUGCGUAUUGGACAUUAAGGUUUUUUUGAGAUCAAAUAAACACCAAAUUAGACUUUUCAAACCUAAUCGCCCACCCCCUAACAUUUCCCGUUAAACGGCUUCUCUUCCCCAUUAUCACCCAGGUCCUGCGAUUAGAAACUCCCAAAUAUAGAACAACCCUAAUUCAUAUAUGCUUAGUAAAUACAAUCUCAAACAGAUUAUGAAGAAGAAAGCAGUGAUGUCGGAUACUCCUUCAGCAUUGAGGUCGUCUGAGGCACGAAAAUCUGAGUUCGGUGAUUUAGUGAAGCUUCGAAGCAUCUAUGAGCGACCGUAUUCUGGGCGUUCUAGGUUUUGCAGAUGCAUGAGUGCAAAUGGAACUCCCGUCAAGGCACCACUUUGGACUUCAUGGACUGACAAGAAUCCAGGGAGAAGAUUUCAUGGAUGUCGUAAUUAUGAGAAGGAUGGUUGUGGCUUCUUUGAAUGGCAUGAUGAGCCAUUAACGGACAGAGCAGGGCAUAUUAUCAAUGAGCUCAAACGGGAGAAUAGGAGACUGCAAUCUGCUAUGUUUGAACCGGAAUGUGAUAGUGUUGCUCAAAAGUUGGAGAGUGAAGUUGAAGAAGUCAACAGUAGGAAUGAUGCAGCCCAUCUGGAAUUGGAAAGCAAAACUAAAAUGAAGAAGAAUUAUGUUAUUGUAGUGUUGUUGUGUGUCCUUAUUGUAGUAUUAUGUGUGUUUGUAUGUUAGU